AGCUUCUCUCUGCCAAGGACUCUGACUGGAAGCAUUGGAAACAGGCAAGAUACUAAAGUGGAAGAUGGGAGGAAGGUAUUCAAGUCUACUGGACGGAAGACAGCGCAGGUAUCUGAGAGGUCGCAGCGAUGCCACUGUGAAGAAUUUCAUGCCCUAUUAUCAGAGGCAACUUGCAACCACCUUUCUGCGACGGGUCUCAAAGGAGCUGGACCCGCAAGGCAAACCUGCUCUACAGCUGCUGCAGAGCAAACUCCAGAAGCCACCUGAUGCUCUUCUGCAUGAGGGAUUCCUGACGCAGUAUAAUGGAGACACCUGCAAGUGGAAGAAGAGUUAUUUCAUUUUGCUGGGAAACUGUACCCUGGAGUGGUUUGAUAGUAAAGAGGCCCAGGGAAAAGGAUAUAAGCCCAGAGGAUCCACCACUCUGUCCGGAUACUUGCUGGUGACCUCACUCAGUGAAUACAACAGGCUGAUUGACAGUCUCUGCCAGGGAUUAGUAGUUGACUACACCCACCAAGACCAAGACCCCUUAAAUGGGCCUCCAGAAGAGUUUCUGCUGUUCCUUUAUCAUCCGUUCCGAAAGUCCUUCUGUUUCUGCACAAACUCUGCAAAAUCCCAGCACGCCUGGAAAUCCGUCCUUCGAGAUGGGAUCCGAUAUUGCAGCACAGUUUUACAGAGACAGGACUCCUUUGAAGUAGAGGCUUUCCUGGAAGCUGUGCGAUUUUACAGGCAAGAGAAAGGUAGUUACGGAGCAGGGGAUCUCCUCCUGGGAACAGAGCCUGAGAUUCUCAGUAACGUGCUGAUGGAGGAUUUGCUUCCAGUGCUGCAGUCUCAGGUCCCCCCAAAUCUCAAAGGAUCAGAAAGCAGGAAGAAACAGACCUGGUGCCAGUUCCUAGAGGAGGUUUAUACAUUGGUCCUCGGCCAGGUCUCCAGCGAAUUUCUGGAUUUUCAGAGGGAGAAUGAGAAACUCCACAUUCAGUUGGAAAAGAAGAUUCGCCCUGAUCUGGAUCAGAUGCUGAUUUUAAAGGAUCAGAUAUCUAUGAAACUCCAAGCGGUGAUCCAGAACCCAGUGGAAUCCUGCUGUCACCAAGGAGUAGAGCCUGACCUGGACUGUGUGAUGGAGGAGCUCAUACGCCCCAUUAGCUUAGGAUUUGACGUGGUGCGUUCGCUCUUCACAGACAGAAUUGAUGAGAUGAUCAGACAUGUGCAGAGUUUGCCUACCACGGUCUUCCAGAAAGAGGUUCUCACACUUGGGGAAAUGCCCUGGAAACCUGGAUUCAUGGAGCCAUGUUACGAGAAGGCUAAUCUCUACAAAGACAGUCUGCAAGGACUGAAGGAGAAAUUUCGCUUUCACGGUGUGACAAGUUUAGUCCUUAGAGCCCAAAACCUCAUGCAGCAGCUAAUGCAGAAUUCGGUCCAUACGUUCCACCAGCUUUCAGAGCAACAUCUGAGCUUGGCAACUAACCACAGCCAAAUCACCCAGACUCUGGAAAAGAUCAAAACUCGUGUGCUGAAGAAAUUUGACCAUGACAGCAGUUCCACCAGGAAGCAGUUUGCACAAGAGUGGCUGGUUCAGAUCUUUCUUCCCUUUCUGCUGAAGAAUCUGGAGCCGAGAUGUAAACUGGAGCUGCCCAAGUAUGAAAAUUACGUGUUUGCUGACUUCAGUGGCAUCAUCAAUGUUGAAAAUAUUUAUGAAGAAAUGGUUCUGGCUGUUUUGCAGCAGGCAAUCACCAAAGCCUUGAAAGAGGCUUCAAGUCAAAACAGACAUAAUCUUUACAGUGAUAGCUUCUCCUGUGUUCUGGAUAGCGUGGACAACUUGCUGCAGCAGGACAGAGUCCAGGAACACCCUGAAAUAAGGACAGGAGCCUUGGGUGGUAAUGCCACAUCAGACACCGUGAACCUCAUGUCCUGUCAAGUCAGUGAGAGCACUUCAGACAAGGAAGCAUGGAAAUAUGAAGGAAGCUCAGCUGAGGCUGCAAAUCCUCCCAAAGAUAAAGGGCAGAUCUGCCCAGUAACUUCCCAUUGCCAUAAAGAAGCAGAAAAAUCUUUGAGGGUGUUGCCUGAUGGUAGGAAUUGGAGACACAAGAAGGCCUUGGAACCAGACAUAGGAAGCAGCUGCAUUACUGAACCUGCAGGACAUGUUGCAGAGAAGACUGAAGUUGUGUCUGAGGCUGAAAACAAUAUGUGCACAGGGGACCCAAAUAAAAACAAAUGUAAUAACAAGUCAUGGAACCCUUUUGCAAGGAGCAAAGAUCUACAAGAGCCACGGAACAUCAUAAAUGAAUAUUCUGUAGACAAAGCUGCUGUAGAGAAGAUACGAGAGGAAUGGGGGAGGGCGGUGUUUGAGCAAGGAGGUCAAGGGCAGGAUGGAGAAUUAGAGUUAAAUCCAGCUUGGAUUAAAGGAGCAGGACAGAGUGGUAAGAAUAACCAAAAAUACAGAGAGUUAUUGCAGGAUCAAGAAGGUCCCUGCGAGGAAUCUUGUAACUACACUUUUUUUGCAAGUACAAGUAUGUCCAAGAACCAGAGUCCAAGCCCAGAUAGUACAAAUUCUGACAACUCUCAGGCUAACUGUUGGCCUAAUACCAAUUCAUUGCAGGUUAUAGGUUUGGACAGAGAUACAUAUAGGGACAAUGGAGGUUUAACAGGGGGAAAAUUACAAAUAUCAGCAACAAAUCAUGUGGCAUCAAUUGAGUGGCACGGAGACAAGUUAGGAGAAAAUCAGAGCAGUUGGGAAAUGCAAACAAUAUCAGUGGGUGAAGGCAAAUGCAGGGUCAGGGAAGCUUGCAAUGGGCAAAUGAUCUCUCCCGGUCAAUUUUCUGUGAAAGAAACGAGGGAUGCCACUUGGACACACCGACUUCAGGAACAUGGUGAUGAAAUGAUCGCAGAAUUACAUGUCCAAAAGUUGGUUCCUGCGGAGGGUCUGGAAAGAAAGAUCUAUCAGCUGGAGCUAGGGCACAAUGUUCAGGAGGAAUUCAAGGGGCAUAGGCAUGCAGGUGGACUGGCUGAAGGUAAGUCUGCUCCCUUUUUACUCACUGGAAGCCUGAGAUACGAAGAUGAGCAUGAGGGUCCUGUCCCUGGGCACCAAGAAGAAUCUAGUCAAGUAACCUGCCAGACCUUGCAGUCCCAACAGGAAAUGAACAAGGAGGAGAUGACAGAGGCAGACUUCAAUGAGCUAGACAAGACUGUUUUUCUAGAGUGUCUAUCCAUAGCUAUCGAAAUGGAAAUCUUCCAAACAGAUCUGCUGGAAAUGGAUCUCGAAGACAGCAGAGACCAGGGAAGUGGUUGUCAACAAACUGAACCUCUGAAAUAGAAGUACAAGGAGCAAGAUCCAACUGACAUUGACCAUCAUGGAGCAGAGAGACGACAAAGCUUAAUACACACAUUCAACUUUCCUGAUACGAUGAUGGAUGCUUCAUAUCCCUAUAUUAGCAAAUAAUGGAGAGUGCCAAGGCAACUGAGGCUAUGAAGGGGCUGCCAGUUACAUGGCAGUUGCAGGUUCACAGGUGGUUCAGCAGCACUGACCAAGAAUUAGUGGGAGAUGCAGAGAUUUUCAGUCUCAAGGCCUUACAAAUGUGAAUUGAAAGAACUGGAAUUGGUCUGGCUUCUCAGAGCAGAAAACUAAGCAAAAGCUGAGGGAUUGGAAAGGAAUGAACUGCUCCUUUGUGAACAUUUAUGUAAAACAUGUAAUAUUUAUGCAUAUCAUAUAGUGUAUCUUAAUACCCUCAUGCUCUUAAUUCUCACCUUUCUGCCCUUUGUCCCGGUGUGGCUUUUAAUUCUAUUAGUAAGUGAUAAUACUGAAGGUGUUUGUAAGGGGCCUUCAAGUCAGGGUGUGUAUACAAUACAGUAUUCUGUGGUUAUCUCACGGUAUUGAUGUCCUGGAACAGUGUUUCAGAGAGAGACAACAGAAAUUCUGCAGCUACGAAGACAUCACCAAUAACCCUCCCCAGUUUCUUCAAACAGCAGCAUACACUGAUACAGUUUCUGUCCUGUUCCCAGGGCCAGCUGUAGGCACCAGCGUUCCAAGCACGUGCUUGGGGCGGCACUUCUCAAGGGGCGGCACUCCGUGUUUUUUUUUUUUUUUUUUGCUUGGGGCAGCAAAAAGCCUAGAGCCAGCCCUGCCUGUUCCACUCCCUUUGUGACUCAGGCAGUGCAAAGAGAGUGAAGCCUAGCCCCAUUCCGCUAACUUGGGGCUUCCUGCGAGUACAGAGCUGACACAAUCAGAUCCUCUCACCCUCCUUGGAGCCCCCAGUGCAGUAGGGAGGAUGGAGGUUAUUAGGAAUGGAAGAGGGAGUAGCUGGAGUGUGCUCAGGGCCGGCUCCACACCCCAGCGCGGCAAGCACGCGCGUGGGGCAGCCCUUUCCCGGGGGGGCGG